UCAACGAAGACCAUUUAAGACAAACAAGCGUCUUGGAAGCAAUCUUCUCGACGUUUCAUUUUCCAAUGACAUGGCGUCACCCUUCGAAGGCCUUCCUACCCAGACGGAAGGAAAGGAAGAUGCUGGAAGUCAAGCCGCUGACGUUUUCGGAGCGCAGCCAGGAGGUUUUGGGGAGUCUGGUACCUCUGUGUUCAGUUUUCUGAACUCUGCCGCUGAGGCUCCUGGAACAUCUCAACCUCCUGGGGAGUCUGUGUUUUCCUUCCUCAACAGUGCGGAUGUCUCUGAGCCAGCACCUAUUACUUCUCCUCCGCAAGAGAGCAGUCCUUUGGCAGGAGGAUCUGCCUUUGCUUUCUUGGGCGGUGGCAGUCAAAGCUCUGAUCGCCCAGAGCACGCUGAACGGCUGGAUCAUCUGGAAGUUCCAAGUCCUGCUCCUCUGAGUGUGCCAAGCGCGCCAAGUGCACCAAGCAUGCCAAGUGUGCCCGUGGCGACACUGCCGGCAGCGGUGCCUAUGGUAUCCAGCAUGCAUGUGGCAUCCAGUGCACCUUUCACAGAGUCUGCUCCGGCAGAGACUGGCAUAAGAAAGAAGACGAGGAAGGCUUUGCUCCCUGGUCAUGCUUCGCGUCCGCAAGAGGCUGGAGUCGAAGCAACGAGGCCAGUGAUCCCUGUGGUGGAGGAGACUGAAGAGAAGCCGCCUCUGGAGGCACAGGCAUCAAAGCCACCUCCACCUCCUGAGCCAGUCUCGCAAGAGACCUUCCACCAUACGCCACAUGUUCCUGCCCUGGAUCAGUUGGCAGAGAGCGAGCCAGAAAGGCCGAAGGAGCCCCAAUCGGAGCCGCCUCGGAUGGAGCAGGCUGACAGCCUUCCGGCACCAGUCCCAGAGGUUGUGGAGCAGAAGGCUGGCUACGAAACGGAGCGGCCAGCGCAGGCUGAACCCGUGCAACAGCAUGUGCCACAGCAUGUGCCAACAGUUGAGUCGAGCUAUGUGCCACAGAAGCUGCCAGAGCGUCCGGCUGAACCUUCACCGGAGCCCAAGGUGAAACCCAAGCCGCCACCGCCUCCGCCUCCCACUCCGGAAGAGCAGCUGCAAAGAGCGUUCAACGUCUCAGGUGUGUGGCAAUGGCUGGAGGGCCAGCUUGUGAACAGCGAGAAGGAGCAGAAGCAGCUGCUUGAAGCAGAGGCUUCCUGUUUGUCAGCCAGCCAGCAAACUGCUGACAAUAUAGCUGCACUACGACAGAAGCUGGAAGCGACAGAGGCUGACCAGAACAGCCUUUGUGACAAGGAGCAGUAUGAAGAGGCCGAUGCUCUGGACGCACAGAUCCAGGAGCUCAAGGACCUGAUCUCCAGGGAACUGGAGGAGGUGGCAAGUGGUGCCAAAAAGCUGGUGAUCUUUGCGGAAAAUCUCCUUGGUCUCACCAGGGAUCGAGCAUCUUUGUCAACCAAAGCCCUUGAGCGCGUCGAGGCCCUCCAGCUUGAAGGAAAGGAGGCCUUCAAGGAAACAGAAGAGAGAUGUCAGCGCCGGGUAUCAGCAGAGGAGGCCCGCAUGGAGUCGGAGAGGAAGCGGAUGGAUUUGGCACAGUCACAUCUUCAGAAGGACUCGCAGAACCUUCAAGAAGAAUGGCAGCAGGUCAAUGAAGCGAUUGACCAGCAGACCACCGAGGACGUUGCUGAGAGAGACAAGGCCGUAUCCCAACGUGGUGAGCUGGAUGAAGAAAUCCAAGAACUUGAAAGGUUGCUCGCUUCAAAGUUGGAACAACGGAAGGAGUUGACGCAGGUGAUUGACUCGUGUGACAUCAGGAUAGCCUGCAUCAGGUCCAAGUUCGAGAAGCAACUUGGACGCCUGGAAGGCAAGCAAAAGAGACUGGAGGAAGCUCAAAAAGAGAUGGACAUGGACACCCAGCAGGUGUCACAGAUGGAAGCAGAGCUGCAAAAGGAGCGCGAGGCUUUGAAAGAACAAGAAGUGCAGCAUCAACGUCAGAUGAAAGAAAUUCGGAAGACAUCAAAAGAGCUCAGAAGACAGAGGUGGUUUCUGGCUGAAGUCAUCCAACAUCGUGUGGUGUGGCAGAAGCUCAUGGAACCCCAUAGAGACUCCUUGAGUGAGGAGCGCUUCGCUCCCGACCAGGCUCGGAGCAAGUGGGAGGAAACCACCCAGAAGUGCUUGGAGCUCUCUGCUACAUCAGCAAGCCAAGAGGCGGAGGCUGCCAAGCUGAGGAGCCAAAUCGAUGGCCAUGUGCAGAUGCUUCCGAACCUUGAGGCAGAGAAGAAGCUGGCUGUAGCCUCCAGAAGCUUCAAAGAGGCCGGCCGCCUGACGGAGGAGAUCCGCAGGCGUCAAGAAGGCAAGGAGAAAUUUGAAGCGGAGCUGGAGGCGCUGCAGGCUGGGCUGGCAGCUGCCAGGGAGGCACUUGCUACCUGUCGGCAAAGUGAGCAAGAGGCACAGGCCGAGCUCUUGAAAGUCGAAGAAAACUGCGCCGUCGAAGAGUUGCGGGUGUUGAGACAUCAGGUUACUGAUCUCCAGGAGCUUUGUAAAUCGCCCGCGCUCAGCGUCAAUGACCGUCGACUCUAUGAGCAGGAGAUUUGUGUCAUGCAGCGUCAGCAGGAACACCUCUCCAAGAAGUACAGUGUUGAUGUGGCCACUCUGGAAGAUAUCCCAAAAGAUGUCAUCGGAGAGCUCCAGGAUAAGAACGACAUGGAACUCCCUAGUGAGUCGGAAGAGGAAGAGCUCGGGCAGGUGCCAAAUGGAACCUCCGAGCCAGGCCUGGUGCAAGAGAAGGAAGAUCCUGCUCCAGCGACAUCGACUGACAUACCUGAAGAGACUUCUGAAGGGAAGGUUGAAGACAUCGCUGCCAGCGAUGUGGCCAGCCCUGCCGCCGCCAGCCCUGCCGCGGCCAGCCCUGCGGCCAGCCCUGCCAAUGCAGCGGGAGCGUUGAGCCCCGCGGCUGUGAAGGAAAGAGUUGGACAUCUGAAAACCCUGAUAGAGGAGCUCAAGGUCAAAAUCGAUGGCGUCGAGCCAGAAAUCGAAAAAGCUUGUGAAGUCGAGAACUUCGAUCUUGCUGAGGAGCUUGAAACUCAAAGAAAAGACUUGGCUCAACAGCUGACAGACUUUGGAAAGGAACUGGAGGUGCUGCAGAAGGACAUGCCUAGUGAAGAGGCAAUCGAGCAGCCUGAGGCUGAUGCAAAGCCGGAAGAGAAAGAAGAGGCUGAUGCAGCUGACGAGACAUAGAGGCAAAGCAAUGCUACCGUUUUCCUUGGCAGUCUCAUGGACCCGGCUCUCUCCUAAAUGGAUGUGAGUCUCGUGAAGUAUGCCUAGUUCUGAGGUGGCGCACAGACCCUUAGCCACAGCUUCGAAAGACAAAACUUUCGCCGUCCCAGGUUUCUGCGGUCCUUGAAGGACGCAAGCAUCAACAGAAGACAUAGUACUCAUGGACCUUCUCUAUAACUAUCAGCUGAGGUUGAGCAU